AUGAUUAACAAUGACAAUGAAAAUUCGACGGAUACGGUGACAACCAAAUCAACGACAAUAUCAUCCUAUGAAAAUAAUUCAUCAAUGUCGCCAACCGUCUCUUUAAGUAAUCCUACUGGUGAAGAACAACCCGUCCAACAAAAUACUGAUAAUGAUCAAAAUAAUGGUGCUAUUGAAAAAGAAUCUCAGGAUAAUCAAUUAGCAAUUAUUCAGAAUGAACAAGAAGAAGAUGGACAGGAACAACAGGGGGAAGGAGAAGAUGAUGAAUUUAUUAGAAUUACUGCUGCUCAUCAAAUGUUAACUGAAGCACAAACAUAUGAUGAACAAAAAAAUUUUCCAGCUGCAUUACAUCUCUAUCGUAUAUGUGUUGAUCUUCUUCUCGAAGAAUUAAUGUUUACUGAAGGUACUGAUCAAUCACGUGUUUAUUUACGUGAAAAAUGUACAGCUAUUAUGGAUCGCAUUGAUUUACUUAAAACAAUGCUUGAACCAAUACCACCUGCACCGCUUGAAGCAAUAACCGAAGCGACAACAACAACACUAGACGAACAAACUACCAAUCCACCUACCAAUGAAUUAAAUUCACUUCAUUUAUCUUAG